AACCAGGGUUUCUCACUGGCGAGCAGCGCUCCUUUCUUUUUGAAGGUCCUAGCCCACCUAGACUGACGCGCGCUCGCCCGACCGCCUCCAUACACCACACCGGGCUCUGUCCUUGCUUCAGGCCACUCCUGUUCUUCGGCUGACCCCUGGUGGUCACGUGGAGCUGCUCGCCACGCAAGUCUGGGUCCUUCUGCGAUCCACCCGGGUCCUCGCCGCCUGGGAGCCGCUCCUGUAGCUGCCUGUUCGCGCGAGAGUUUGGAGGGGCCGGUUUGGGGUCGGUCUCUGGCGUGGGGCUCGCACCGCAGCGCAUCGGAGUUCUGCUUGGGCGCCCGCUUAGGGUGCGAGGAGCUGGGUUAGGCGGUCGCCGGGGCACCCCGUGUCUGGACAGCGCCGGAGCGCUCUGGAGAAGCCGGGACAGCCCCGCUCCCGGCAGCCAGGUGCUAGGGUCGGGUGCUAAAAGUGCGAGUCCGGCCGUCUUCCAGCGCCUGGGCCACGGCGGCGGCCCUGGGAGCAGAGGUGGAGCAACCCCAUUACGCUAAAGAUGAAAGGCUGGGGUUGGCUGGCCCUGCUUCUGGGGGCCCUGCUGGGAACUGCUUGGGCUCGGAGGAGCCAGGAUCUACACUGUGGAGCUUGCAGGGCUCUGGUGGAUGAACUCGAGUGGGAGAUUGCCCAGGUGGAUCCCAAGAAGACCAUUCAGAUGGGCUCUUUCCGAAUCAAUCCAGAUGGCAGCCAGUCAGUGGUGGAGGUGCCUUAUGCUCGCUCAGAGGCCCACCUCACAGAGCUGCUAGAGGAGGUAUGUGACCGGAUGAAGGAGUAUGGGGAACAGAUUGAUCCUUCCACCCACCGCAAGAACUAUGUCCGUGUAAUGGGCCGGAAUGGAGAAUCCAGCGAACUGGACCUACAGGGCAUCCGAAUUGAUUCAGACAUCAGCGGCACCCUCAAGUUUGCGUGUGAGAGCAUUGUGGAGGAAUACGAGGAUGAACUCAUUGAAUUCUUUUCCCGAGAGGCUGACAAUGUUAAAGACAAACUUUGUAGUAAGCGAACAGAUCUGUGUGACCAUGCCCUGCACAUAUCGCAUGAUGAGCUAUGAGCCACUGGAGCAGCCCAGACUGACAGGCUUGAUGGAUCACCCCCAGGAGGGGCAGAGGGUGGCAAUGCGUUUUGUAUUAUGUUUUUACUGAAAUGAACUGAGAAAAAAUGAAACCAAAAGUA